AUGAGUGUUCUGAGGUACAAAGGUUGGAUUUGCGUUUCGAUGGACUCCGAUAUCCGGCGAGAGAUUUUAGAUGAGUCUCAUACCACUCCCUAUUUCUUACAUCCGGCUGCUGCAUCCGCCGUUGCUGUUGCCGCCGCUGCUGCUGCUGCGUCUGCUACUGCUGCCGCUGCUGCUGCUGCAGCCGCCGCUGCUGCCACCGCUGCUGCCGCCUCCGCCGCCGCUGCCGCUGCUGCCGCCGCUGCUACUACUGCUGCUGCCGCAACUGCUGAUGCUUCUGCUGCCGCUACCGCUGCUGCUACUGCCGCCGCUGCUGCUGCUGCCGCCGCCGCCGCUGCUCCUGCCGCUGCCACCGCCGCCGCUGCCACCGCCGCUGCCACCGCCGCCGCUGCUGCUACUACCACCGUUGAAUUAGCUACUCUGAGAGCUAAUAAAGAUAAUGUAGCUGAAAUGAUGGUGCUGUACCAAAGGGAGAUUGACCGGCAAUGCCGAGAGCUUAUUAAGCGAAAAGCUAACAUGGAUCACCAGCAGAGAGAUGCCACAAUAACUUUAGAAGCGGCCACCCAGUUGGCUCGAGGACAACCUGCAUCUACAUCCCAACUAGAUCAGCCACCCAGCUCUCACCCUCAACAAAAUCCGCUAUCAGAGCAUUCCCAUUAUCAUCACAAUCCACCACAACCAGAACAACCUCCCACUGCUCAACAUGAAAGGCCAACCCAAAAUCCUGAGAGAAACAACAAGCAGCAACCAUCCUCUCGAUCUGGUCGAGAUAACGUUCAGCAUCACAUGCAUAGGGAUGAAGAUCUAAGGGAUGUGCUUAAUAAUAGAAGAGAAAGACACGAUGAGUACUUCUCCCCAGCUCUGGCUGCUCCAGCACUACCAGAUGCUAUACAGGCCCAGAUGGAUUCCUUAAAUCAGGUCAUGCAACAGCUAGUUGGGAAUAAAAUGUCCCACAUAGAGUUUGAUCGAAGGAAGGGAACCCCAUUUGUUAAUAUAUUUGUUGUGGCAGAAGUUCCAAGAAAAUUCAAAAUGCCAAUUCUACCCAACUUCAUAGCAGGGGAAGAUCUAGUAUCUCAUGUGAACAAGUUUGAGAUACAAAUGGAUAUCCAAAAGGUGUUAGAAGAUGCUUGGUGCAAGAUUUUUCUUGCCACUCUGUCUCAAUCUGCUUAA